UCGGCUAAAGGUAGGGCUGCCCGCAGCCACCUCAGGGAGCGUGAGAGAGUAUAUAGCUGCCUGCCGACUGGUUCCUCUUCGUUUAAGCUUUUGGAUGAGGGCGAGAAUUCUGAUUCUAUUGAAAUUUGUUUCGAACAGACUGUGAGGGUUUUGUAAGGAUUUGGAGUCAAUUCAACAGGUCUAUAUGUUCACCAAUAAUCGGAGGCAAGAAGAGCGCACUGGAAAAUAUGGAACUCCAAGGCUUCAAUAUCUUCAGGACUUGGUGACUCAGUUUCAGAGUACAACUAGUGAAGAAUCAAAAGAGAAGAUAUUAGCUAAUUUGGCCAACUUUGCCUACGAUCCUUACAAUUAUGUCUUCCUACGCCAGCUCAAUGUUUUGGAACUUUUUUUAGACUGCAUAACUGAACCAAAUGAGAAGCUUGUGGAAUUUGGUGCUGGAGGGAUCUGCAACUCUUGUGUUGAUCCUGCAAAUGCAGCAAUUAUCACUCAAUGUGGGGGGGUUCCUCUUAUUAUUCAAUGCUUAUCAAGUCCAGUUAGAAAUACUGUAAGCUAUGCCAUUGGGGCUCUGUAUUAUCUCUGCAAUGCUUCAAACAAGGAAGGGAUAUUGAGGCCUGAGGUGGUGGAUGUCAUGAAAAGGUAUGCUGCAGCUGGUGCAGUUAGUGUAACCUUCAGCAAUCUGGCUCAGGCAUUUCUAGAUAAACACUGCUGUGAACUCCAGUAACUCCAAAGCCUUCUUUCGAGCAAUCCGUUAUCCAGUCAAUGACAAAGGCAGUCUUUCUCCUCCCUUCAUACUUUGUAUUAAAUUGGUUUUGUAUAGUUUGAUUUGCUUUAAUAAGCACUAUUAUUUGCUUUCUUAUUCAACAGCCUUAAACAUAUAUAAUUGCUAGCAUAACAUUAAAUGUGGAAAAAAUGGGUUCACAAUCUCAUCUUAUGGAAAGAAUUGUACCAUCA